AUGUCGGAGACAGGCCUUCCCCAAAACUGGGAAGUCCGCCAUUCCAAUUCAAAGAACCUGCCUUACUACUUCAACCAAAAGACCCACGAGUCAAGAUGGGAACCCCCGGAGGAAGCUGACACCGACAAGUUGAAGGUCUACAUGGCCCAACAUCACAGUUCGACCACCACGCGCAUUGACGGCCCCGCUUCUGAGGGCAAAAUCAGGGCAGCUCAUCUUCUGGUGAAGCACAGAGAUAGUCGCAGACCUUCAAGCUGGAGAGAGACCAACAUCACCCGCUCCAAGGAAGAUGCCAUCUCAUUACUCAAAGGUUAUGAGGAGCAAAUCCGCCAGGGCUCCACCACCUUGGGAGAUCUCGCAGUCUCAGAAUCCGACGAUAGCAGUGCCCGUCGGAGAGGCGACCUGGGCUUCUUUGGCAAAGGUCAAAUGCAGAAGGAGUUUGAAGAUGCAGCCUUCGCUCUUCAACCUGGUGAGAUGAGCACGAUUGUGGAGACCGCAUCUGGCGUGCAUCUCAUUCAGAGGUAG